ACAGGGGGGACGAACUGUGUAAUUAUUUUACAACAUCUCAAAUCACCAGCAACCGAGCGUCAAGCUGCAGCGAAAACGUUGCGCAUAGCUUCGCGCGACUGUUCGUAGUGCGACGCUGAUAAAAUCGACAACCUCGAUAGUGCCAGUUCUGUGCUGACGGCGUUGGCGCAACUCCAACCGAUCCGACUUUGGGCAGACUCAUGAACCACCGGCCUAUCCUGAAUCCGAUAGACUUCAGCUGGAACGGCAAUUGUGGCUGAACUUCAAUGAAGGCAUAUUGUAUACCAAACUGUUGACGGACAUACUGGGAGGCCGUGGCCGCUGAGUGAACGGGACUACGGACUUGUCGGAACAAUGGAUCUGAGAUCGAUCAUUAACAACGAAGGGGGAGACACCUCGAGGCAGGACAAAGCACAACCUGCGACUCCCGCGCAAACUGGACCAUCGCCAGGUUUGUACCGAGAAUAUAGCCAGCACAGCCAGCCCGCGCCGCCGAGUAGACAAGCGUCGCAAGAUUAUGGCGCGCAAGCUCAACGAUUCACCUCUCCAACAGCAUACCAAGGGUCCUUUCAAGGACGACCACCUCCGCCUCCUCCCCUUCAGCCCCCGAGUAACGACCUCCGAUCCCCAGCUACUUCGUCGCAUUAUUCCGGCCAAUCUCCAUUUCGCCAUACUCCCUCUUCAUCGACAAGCGGAGGAGCUUUCCCCUUCCCACAAAACGCAGCACCUCAAAGUCCUGGUCAACCUCAACAAUACCCACCAGCACUCCGCCAUCGCGAAAGCUACUCACAAAACGAGGCUCAACCUCAAUCUCAGCAUAUGAACUACCCACAAGCGUCUCCUGUUCCGCUCACACCUCCAAUUGGAAGUUCGAACACGUCCUACCCUUUCCCGCCACAUCAGCGGCCACAGUCAUCUCACUCGAGUCCCACACCUACCUCAGCUCAAAGUCAGCAAAACUUAUAUACGCAACAGCUUCAAGAAAGCCCAGUUGCCAAUACCGCGUUCCCGCCAACGCCCUUUCCACAAGACCAGGCGCAGCGAUCACAGCCAGGCACCCCAUUUCGCCAACCCGCGACUGUACAGCGCCAAUCAACUGGAAGCUAUCCCUUCCCAACGAGCCCAUAUCAACAACGCGCUCCAUCGUUAGGAGUUCAGCAAGAUAACACAAAAGUCGAACGCAUAUCUCCAUCGCCAUCAGUGUCAGCAGCUCCCACGACGCCGGCUCCCUAUAAUCACAACCCAGCCUCUGCGCCAGCGUCAAAGAGGAACUCCCAAAGCGAAAGAGAGAACAGUAUGAGCGUGAGCCCAAAGACAACGGUGUUUGGACAACCCAAGAGCGAAGCGGCCAACCAGGCCCGACAACGUACACCUGCACCAGAUCCUGCGCCAACACCUGCCAAGAGGAAAAUUGACGAUAGACGCAGUUCGGAUGCAAGGGCUCCCUCGAGCGCUCCAAACGGCGAUCAACCGAUGAGUAGUAAGAGUCAAUCCCCGCAAGAGCCAAGGAAGCGCAGACGAUAUAAUGAACCACCGAUCUGGGCUCAAAGCUGGAUGCUCUACAAGAAGAACAAGCAGUUUCCAGCACCUUCUGGCCAGGCGAAUGGAAAGCCUGCCGCCCAUACGUCACCCGAGAUUUCCCUGCCGCAAACCCCCAAACAAGAAGCUGGCGUUACUCCUACUGCCACCAAGUAUGACGAUAUUCUUGGGCCCUGGGAGCCAAGCAUUUCGGAUACUACGCCAGUUAACGACCUUACCAAAGCCAUUGCCGACUUCUUAUAUCUCGAAGUUGUCAACAGGAACGACUGGGGCGAGCUAGAGAGCCGAGGAGUAGCGGUGGAAAUCGAAGCGAAACUGGGACAGCUCAUUGACAAAGAGACAAACCAAAGGUACUAUCUGCCUGUCCUUUCAGAGUGUGUCCUAGCUCCGAGCAACCGUAUUUCGUUCAGAAGCUCCAUGACAGAGGAACAACACAAGAGAAUGAACGAGUUUUUGAAUGGUCUUGUGACACAGACCCAUCCGAGCAACGUGAAUAGGCCCAAGCCGCGGGUACCAAUUCGAUAUGCGCACAGGCGGGAGCGGGAUAGCUUCUUCGAAUUGCCCAAAGCAAUAGUGCAGACACUACCGCCCAGUAUCCAGCACUUCUUGAAGCAGAGCAGUCACCACGCCCCGAAGGUCCGGAUUACUCAUGACCAAAAGACAGGUGCUCCACUUGCACAGAUUAUAAAGACUCGUGUUAAAGAUUUGGAUAUCUACAUACCGAACUCUCCUCUGGAUUGUCGUAUAAGCGUCAACCUCGAAAUGAGAUAUGACGGUGACAGUGAGGCUCUGGCCCGCGGCUCUGACAAGAAGAAUCAGCCAGACCGGAACAAGGACCGCUUGAGCUACACUCAAUCACACUAUCAGAUCGAUCUCACGCAGGUUACCUCAGCUUCAGGCGAUAAGGAGCAUGAGCUCGAGAUUGAGAUAGACACGAAAACUCUUGUUGAGCAAGGACAGCGACUCCAAUCUUCGCAGCCGCAUAGAUACGACGCGCUUGUGGAAGGGCUUAUUAACAACAUACACGUGUUGACGAAAGAGCUUAGUCUCCCGUUGAACUAAAAGCAUUGCGCAGGAAGCAUUUCUGCUGUCCCGUGGAGUUUGGGAUAACACACCAGCUGCUUGUAUUAUAUAAUUAAGCUUAUUAAUUAAGGGUUCAAAGGUUGAACAUGGCGUGACACAGGGUACGGGGU